AUGAGUGUAGUUUUCGUAGAUGGUCCAGUAAUAACAAAAUUUGUGAAUGACUCAGGUGCAUUUACUGAAUUUGUCGAUGAACAUUUUAACAAGCUAGAUGCAGAUGGUGAUGGGGUGCUUUCGCGCGGCGAAUUGCAGAAGAGAUUUGGGAGGUUUUCAUCCAGGGGUUUUGAAUUGCAAUCCCAAGAAGAGAUUGGGAAUCUAUAUAAUGUUCUCUUUGAGAAGUUUGAUGCUGAUCAAAAUGGUACAAUUGAUCGUGAAGAAUUUAGGAGUUUGAUGAAAGAGAUCAUGGUUGCUAAGGCUCGUGGCAUAGGUAAUUCACCAGUUUCAAUCAUUCUUCAGGAAGAUAGCUUGCUCAUGAGAGCUGUUCAGCACAAAGGACCUGUUGGAGAUGAUAAAAAUUAG